UAACUGUCACUGCAUUGUUGCCCGACUUUAAACUCUCGGGCAUCUUGCUUUCCGUUGCUUUAAACUUGUUUCUCUUCAUUCUUGUCUUUGUGGGGUAAUACUUCCUUCCAUCUAUCAUCCCAUCCCCCAACUAUGCAAAACUGGCGAACAGAAUACAUCAGCGGAGUCAAGGAUGCCGAGAAGCAACAUCCCGUCAACCGGGAGCUAAUCGCAGCAUACUCCCAACUCUGUGACCGCCUCUCCACCCUCGAAGCCGAAAAAGCCCUCCUCCAAUCUCAACUCCAACAACAACAACAACAACAACAACAACAACAACAACCCCCUCCUUCGUCCUCCCGCAAAACCACCACCACCACCCCCCCUCCAAACUCCUCCCCCUCUUCCGACGAUACCAACGCAACCAUUACCCGCCUCCGCCUCGACCUAACCGAAGCCCUCCGCUCCAAAUCCCAAUUCCAAUCCCGCCUCGCAAAAUCCGACGAUGAGCUCGCCCGCCUCCGCGCAAAAACCACCUCCGAUUCCAAAGCCCUCGCAGACCUGACCGCCCAAGUCCGGACACUAUCCCGCAAACUCCGUGACCGAGAAGAAGAACUCCGCGCGAAAAACAAGCUCGUCGCCGACGUCCAAGAUGAGCUCGCCGUGUUAAACAUGCAGCUCGACCAGGUGGAAAAGCAGCGCGCAAAGAGAGAGGCCGAGUAUAACCACCUCCUGAGCCGGUAUAUGGCGCGCGUGGAGCAGGAGACCGAGGCGAUGAAUCUGGAGCAUGACAAACCUUCUUCUUCAACAAAACAGAAGAGGUGA